AUGAGUUUGAAUAACGAUGGAUAUGACGCCAUUUUUGAAUAUGCAUGGGGACAAAUUGAUAAGCCUAUUAGCGGGGAUUUCGUAUAUGGCAAAGAUCUGCCCAAGUUAAUUGGGAUCAUUGAGGAUAUCUUUCGAGAGGCACAAAAAGACGGUUCUUACGAUCUUCGGUUACCACUGUUUCCUGAAAUCAAUAAAGAGUUGUUUCGCACAUUUUCUAAUACAAAGACUUUUUUCAAAAUUCACAAAGAGGACUUUGACGAUAUCUUCUUCAAUUUGGUUAAUACUUCCCUCAAAGAAGUCCUGGAAAAGGCAUUUAACGGUCUCAAUUCCAUUCCAGGUAAUUUUAUGGCAAGCCUGAAUUUGAACUUAUUGUCCAAAUCUUCAAAUGAAAAUAAGGACAGCAACAUUCAGGAACCCGAAGCUUUAACCCCUCAGGAGAAGCUCAUUGAUUCACCUAUCAGUUUGCUUAACAAAUAUAAUACAGGAAACACGUUAAAAGUGCAAGUGGAAGAGUUGCAAAAAGAACUGAACAUGAAGCAAAGCUUGCUACUGGAAAAUGAAAGACAGGCAAAAGAACUGAGGAAAAGGUUAGAAACGUAUCAACAAAAGUAUGCUUCCAUUCAACAGCAGUUCAAUGAUUUGCAAAAAAAUAUGCAAGCGGAAGGUAACCGAAAUAUAUCCGAAACAACAAAUUCUGAUCCACCUUUAGUGGCUAGAAUUGAUCAAGAAGCUAUUCUGGAAGAGUUCAAAAAAAGAUUACAAAGACAAACGGACACUAUAUCUUCCUUGAAGGACCAAAUACGGCGAGAAAGAGGGCUGAACUACAAUGAUAAUAAAGCAGCACCUUUGGGGCGCAAAUACUCAACUUUUGAGGAUGGUUCUUCUCUCAAGAAUUUUGGGGACAUGUUUCCAUCUUAUUUAUGGGUGAAAGCAAUAUUAAAGGCUAUACUCUGUUUCGUUUUAAUAACUGGUAUCUUGUCGUACGCUGCAAAGUACUUGUAUGUUCCUGAUACGCCAUCACAAAACUCAAGAUUGCAAUUAUCAUGGUGGGAAAGUAGCGGCAUAAUAAGUAAAAUCGUGUGGUUCUUUCAAGAUCAGACUGACUUAGAAACCGAAUAUUCUUCAAAUGUCAAGAUAGAUGAUGCAUAUAGCAAAGUAUUCGGAAUAUAG